CGCAUAUACGUCGACUCGUGUCCAUAUGUGAGAUAGGAUACAGCCCCAUAGCGCUAUGUUUGGCUAAGCACAGUAAUUUGCUAAUCUAUGCAGUUUUAUUGUACAUGUACACCGGAAGGCAAAUCUAAAAGCAUCUGGAAGCAUUCACUAGGAAUAUUGGGUUGAAACAAUCCAUUCUACUGAUGGACAUACAUAUCCAUUUGGCCAUAUAUACGUGUACAUAUCCAUUUGGGAGGUCCAGAGAUGAAACCAGCGCGCCGAUGGCGUAGAGAUAUUCCCAAGCUUACCGAAGCCGUGGGAUUCCAAUGGGUUAUACGUGAAGGGACGUCUUGCGGCCGGCAAUCAAAUUAAAUAUCGUUUCGUUUGGACAAAAUCGAUAUGUAUACAUAUGCCGGCGGUGCCUUCUGGACGGUUUACGUCGCACUUCUUUGCUUUACCGAUCUGCCGGCUUUUGGGAGGAAAAUGUAUCCUUGGAUUGUUUCACAGAUUUGCUAAGUCGAGACUACUUUAACUGAUCUCCAGGAACCUCAUCGUGGGCGCUUAUCAUGACGGAUGCUCUCUUAUGAUACAUGUUGGCCGCUUAUUCAAGUGAUCAUCACACGGAUUACCCCACAUUCUUUUUCAUCCGCUGAAUUAUUCUCUAAAAGUGGCUUCUUGAAUCCAUGUUUGCGCUGAACAAAGGGUGGCUAAAAAGCAACGAAGUGAUCAUAUCGACCAAGUGGCCUACAAUGUACGCUGCCGCUGCUGUUGCCAACUGACAGACAGCGUAUUCUCUCCCGGCGCACACACUCGUGCGGAUGAUCUUUACUGAUUGAAAAGGGCAAUAACGACGCGUAGCGUAUCCACACGGUCGAAGGAGAAAAUUAGUAUGGAGAAUUCGGCCACCAUUGCCUCCAACCUCCUGAGUAACGAUGCGCAUUUAAGCACUGACAGCGAGCGUCUUCCCGGUCACAGCUUUGAUUUCACCGGGCCAACUAUCCAGGCCAACAUUAGCGGUUCACUUGUCACUUGGAACCUGACGACGACCUUUACCGGCGCUAACAUGUCACAGCUGGGCGAUCCAUUAUGUGAAAUGCCCAAGAUCCCGCCGCCGGAGGAUCAGCAGGCCUUUUUCAUCUUCUCCUACGGGUUAAUCACACUGGUGGCCAUUGCCGGUAAUGCGAUUGUCUGCUACAUUAUUCUUGCCUUUGAGAAGAUGCGCCGGACGGAAAAUAUUUUCAUAUUUAAUCUGGCCCUGGCCGAUAUUGUCCUGGCGUGCUUUUGUGUGCCCUUCUCCUUUGUGCCCAAUAUUAUUGUCGGAUAUUGGCCAUUCGGUCUGAUCAUGUGUAAAUUGGUAAAUACGUCCCAGAUCGUAAGCGUGCUGGUCUCAUCGUACAUUUUAGUCGCCAUUUCUGUGGAACGCUAUGUGGGCGUCUUUUAUCCGUUCCGGCCGAAGAUGACGUUUAAGCAGGUGCUGAUCGUGGUCUUCCUUACGUGGUUCGGAUCGUUUGCCAUAUCGCUUCCGGUGGUAAUUUAUAUGGGAAUGUUCGAGCAGCCGCUGCCGGAUGGGAUAUUCUUACCGUUGUGCCGGGAGAACUGGCCUGUGACUGAAGACAGUUAUAAAUAUGGCGUAGUAUUAUUGGUGCUACAGUAUUUCCUUCCUAUCGCAAUCAUGGGGCUAUCGUAUAGCCGAAUUGCCUGUCAUGUGUGGAAAAUGAAACCACCCGGAGAAGCAUUGAAAGACCGGGAUAAAAAAUUCAAAGACGAAAAAACUCGGAUGACAAAAAUGAUGGUGGUUGUGGUGUUGCUGUAUGUUAUUUCCUGGCUGCCGCUGAAUGUGUACAUCGUGCUCUCCGAGCAGUACGGCAAUACAAUGGGAUGCUACCGCUACAUCCACUUUGUCUGGUUCGCCUGCCACUGGUUGGCUAUGAGCCAUGCAACAUACAAUCCUAUCAUCUAUUUCUGGAUGAAUUACAAGUUCCGGGCGGGAUUUGUCUACGCACUCAAUCUGGUCUUUUGCUUCCGGCGCAAAUCCGAUCAGUGGCUAGUCGACAAUAAAUUAAUCGAUAACCGAUACAUAUCUGGUCAAUCCAGCGCCAGUGGAAUGAAGUAUACGGAAGUGCUGUCCAAGUUCGACUGCGCCGUACAUACCGGCUAUUCCAGUGGACGCUCAUCCAUAACCGCCGUUGCCGGCAAAAACCCGACCGCAACUAAUAACCUGAAAAUUGUUCACAACAAUUUGGCCAGACUACCGGGCAAUAAAGCCGAGCAUAAUCGGGCGAACAGCAAUGGUUACAUGCCGGUGAAAUGCAGCGUUGCUGUGCCGGCUGUUGCACGAUCUCCGCCGCGAUCAGCUUCCGUGACUUCCGCUGGCGAUACCGUUAGUGAUACAACUGAAGCCAGAAUUUUAUUACCGGACCAUCCGAUCGCUGAUUUAUGAAUGGGACUGCUCUAGCAUGAGCAAUUUGUUUGUUGGGAAAAUAAUUCGAGGAUGAUCUGGUUCAGUUUGUUUUCAUUUUUGCUAAUUAUUCUGUAUUUUCGAUCUAACCAUAAGGCUUUCUCGGUUCCGAGAUUAUGUUUCUGUCUGCCUGUACAGCGCAAUAUACAGUACAGAGGAAUAUCUAUCUGAAUAUUUAAUCCAUAUUUGGAUUUAUAUGAAUUUAAUUUGUCUGAAAGGCAAUAUUUCCGAGUACUGCAUGUUAGCACCUAGUUGAUUUCCUGUAGUUCUAUGAACAAAAUUUUUGUAGAAAUGCCAUAGUAAAUAAAGACGAAU